GGAGGUGCGGCCCUGCGGAGCUCCUCCCCUCGCUGCCUUCACGGCCUUUAGAAGGGGCGGGCUGCGGCGCGUGCGCCCUGCGGAGCUGUGUGUGUCCUCUGCGGAACGGGAGCCAUGGGGCUGGGGCAGAAUGGCGCCGUGCGGGUUGAAUGGAUUGCUGCGGUCUCUUUAGCUGCUGGAGCAGCUGCCAUUGGGUAUCUAGCAUACAGAAAAUUUCUCUCUAAAGACAAAUGCUGCAAGGCAAUGGUGAAUCUCCAUAUCCAGAAGGAUAACCCCAAGGUAGUCCAUGCGUUUGAUAUGGAAGAUCUGGGAGACAAGGCCGUGUACUGCCGUUGUUGGAGAUCUAAGAAGUUCCCGCUGUGUGAUGGCUCUCACACACAGCACAACGACGAAACUGGUGACAACGUUGGGCCUCUGAUCAUCAAGAGGAAGGAGGCGUAGAGUGGACAGUAGAAGUUGCGCAAUGAAUGUCUGACAUAUCCUCUGCUCGCUUGUAAUUGGGGGAAAAACCACAAAUUCAUUGUCGUGUCACUGAAGAAUUUCCAGUGUAGUUUAUACAUCAGGCUUGUUUAUUUUUUCUGGGGCUUGUCUUGUUUUAAUCACUACAGUGCAUAAUUUACUAAAUAGUCAUAGUUGGGAUUUUUUGUCCUGUGAUGUGUGUGUACCCUCUUGUUGAGUAUGAAGCUAAACUGACGCACAGAAUGUAUGAGGCUGUUCAGGAAAAGACACAUUCAGCAGGUGGUUCUGAGAGGUUUGAAAGUUGUCUGUCUGGAUAGGGUUCCACUUAGAAAGCAGUGGUGAGAAGGAAAUCAUGGUGCCAGAAUGGAGCUUAACUUGUAAUUAUGCUUCAUUUUCUGCAGAUGUCACGUUUGGCUUGUUACAUGGCUGUCUGGUGUGGGCUCUGUCAAAGAACGUGUUUAAAACUGCUGAUUAUGAACAGACAAUGUGAAAUGCUUAGAGCAUAAUGGGGCUAAAGGGCAACUUUGCCUUUGAUUUUACAGCAGUGUUGAAACUUGACCCUACUACAAUGCGGUAGCAUGAAUGUACUACCAGAACUGCAGGCCUGUAUUGAGAGCAGGAUUAGGAAGAUGAUCUGUGAGAGCUUUCUCAAUAAACAAGUGGAAGGAUGUGAAGUGCUCAGAGUGAUGGCUGAGGGGUUGCAGGGUUGUUUUUACUGCUAGAAACACUUAGUUUCCUUUGCAAUCUCUGACAGUGGAGCAAACUUCCCCAGACCGCAGGACAGGGAGGCUGUGCUGAUUUAUUUCAGAAGCUGAAAGAAAAAGUAAAACCCCACCGUCGUCUUCAUUGGUCUGGCUGGUUCCAGAAGAUGCUUCCUGCUGUUGCAGAGGGGGCAGGCACGCCUUUCCUUAUUAAGUGGCCUUAGGCUCUACGUGUCUUAAAUAGCUCCUGCCUUCCUGGGCUCACUGCUAAUGUGGAUCAGCUAAUUUUACCAAAAGAACAAACUUGGACAGGCUUUGGUGACAGGUAGAAACGUGGACAAAAGGAAAGAUGAGACAAAGGAGGACUCAUGUCCUCUUUUUGUAUGGUACCUGUCUGCCUUAUCUAACACAGUUGCAUAAAUGGCCACAAGUCUCCUUAAUUAGCUUUUGAUUUAUCAACUGUAUAUAGUAUAAAUGACUAUAAAGCAAAACCCAAAGAGUGUGAUGGCAGAAGGCAGUUUUGUAUUAAACCUGGUCCCACUAGCAUAUGUGCAGCUUGUCAAGAGAAUUUCUGAGGCUGAGGUCUUAGUUGGCAGAGCAGGUAGGCAACACAGACCUAAAGGCAGGAGGGUUUGCAGGUAGAGUAUUUGAGUGGGGUCAACUGCUGUCUGUGACAGACCUCUACUUGUAAGAGGUUGCAAUUGAAUAUAUUUAGUCUCAUCUUUCUCUUCCCAUCUUGACUGUAAAGCUACCUGUUGUUGGUUUUGUUUAGUUUUUUUUUAUGUGCCUGAGUACUGAUGGAUAUGGAAAAUGGUUUUAAUCUUAAAUUAUCAAAUAUAUUUGUUUUAUCCGAAAACAAGUUCUCUCUGUAUUACUAGAAUGUGGCACUGGAUAUUUCUGUGUUUUUUUUCAUAUAGAUGCAAUUGAGCUCACUUUGAUCUCAAGGUUGUCAUGUUUGAAUUCUCAUAGGUGUGCUGUUUGUUCCGAGGAAGAAUUGCGCUGUAAGUAGAGCUGUAAUCCAGUGCUGCUGUAACCAUAAACCUGUGUCUGGGUUGGGUUUUCCUUCUGAGACUUUCUGUUAGCAGCGGAGUCGGGCUGCUUUGGAAGCAAUGCAACUUCACUGAAAACUGCGUUUGUGUUUAAGAGACAAAGUCCUGACAUCUCAGAUGAAUCUUCUCAGUCAUAAGACUGUUUCCUGCAGUAGGACAGGGAAAUGCUUUGUGGUGCUUGAGCAUCAGGGAGGGGGUCUCCAUGAGAAGCUCUUCUUCCUGGGAGCAGAAGCAGAAUCUUUGCUGAUUUACAUCCUGGCGGGUUCGUUUGGGAGAAGCGUCACACUGAGAAACGUUGCCAUUAAAUGUUCAUGGUUUAUUUCUGUGCACGUACAGUUUUCUGUACCUAAAAUUUCCACUACAUUUAUAUGUGAGCUAUUAGAACACAAUAAUGAAAAGAGAUGCCUGAAGUGAAGUAAAUAAAAUUGCCAGUCAUCUCGAAGAGCACCACAAAGCACUGCUCUGUUGUUUUGCCUCCAUAGCAGGGUAGGUUAUAGUCUCACGCUAGUCUGAGUGCCUGGCUGAUCCAGUGUUCUCUGCAAUCUUUUCAGUGCUUUCCACCAAACAAUCUCAAAGAUAUUAUUGGUUUCACCUUUGCUAAGAUUAAACCAUCCAGAAAUGA